UGUAAACAAAACACUUGAAUUUAAGACGAACAUUUGGUGGUCCAUUAAGCGUCUAGUGAACAUGGCGGAUGCAGGCAGGGAUGUUGUUGUGCUGGGACAUAGCUUAGUGAAACGUUUAGAAAAGUACAUCAAGGAAGGGAAUCGAAAUAAUAUGAGUUUAUCGAGUUCAUUUUCAUGGCGUGUCGGGAGCCAAAGUGGGGAGGAUUCGUGCAGAUCUACAUAAGGUUUUUAUGAUACAUAAACAGGUUUCCAACAUCAUGCCGCCAAAAAGAAAGGCUGCAGAGGCUAAUAACCUAGUGGGGAACAGGAGCAAAACAAGGAAAAGACUCCCAGCCACAACAAACAGAAAUCUAUCAGGAGAAGAUGGAGCAGUGGCUGAUGCAGAGGGCGUACCUGUGCUUAGCAUGACACCUUCUCACAUGCAAAACCUCAUCAAACAGGCCUAUGAACGAGGCUUGCAGGAAGCUCGGGCUCAGGCAGGGAGUACCACUAUUGGUGACUCAUCAGUGGCCACAGAAAUUGUUGUGGAUAGCGGCACUACAUCAGUCAGUGGACUUCAAUCUGCACCCUGUCAUCCGGAACCUGUCAUCAGUGAUGAGAUUGGUGGGUCCUCGUCCACUAUGUUUUUACCCAAUUCACAAACAAUUCCAGCCAAUUGUGUUGUCAGGUCAUGUGAGGGUGUUGAGGUCUCAUCAUCAUCCACAGGCAAUGACCAAUUUCACUCGGCGUCAAUUCCAUUGAUGGAUUUGGUCUCAGACAAAGUGAAGGAAAGAAUAUGGGCCAACAAAUUUGUUGACCUGGCUUCCAUCACAGACAAGAACCAAUCCAGUUUUGAAAUGGUGCUGAAAGGGGAUGAUGAUGAGUCGCCAUCCCUACACUGGUGUAAGAAAGAGCCUUCCAAAAAGAAACUGUCAAGAGAGACAUGGAAAAAUAAAUUCACCAUUUUCACAGCUGUGUACUGUAAGAAGUACCCUGAUGCAAUCGAACAGUUGCUAAAAUAUUCAUCCGUUAUCAGGGACCUUGCACUCAAGCAGGCUGAUUGGGUAUACUAUGACACCAUGUUUCGGGACCUCCGUUGCCACAGGGAAAUGGCAUGGGAUCUGAUUCAUAUGGAACUGUGGCAUGAGGCUAUUUCUCGCCGCCAACAAUCCUCACAUACCUCUUCUCAAGCAUCUCUUCAGAGCAAACUUCCAAAUACAGGGAAAGGCCCUUGUUGGAAAUUUAUGAGAGGGGUACACUGUGGAGGUUGUAAGUACUCACAUAAAUGUGGUACUUGUGGGGCGAGACAUGCGGCAAAGGACUGUCCUAUGCUGGGUUCCAUAUUCCACAACUCGGACAGCUCUGCCAUGCCUUUUGCGCCAAAUUCUUUUCGUGGCUUUAGAGCUGGUGGGCGACCGACAGGCAGAUAUCAGUCCGGUCGAGGACGGUACCAAUCUUUCAGGGGAAACAGGGGCUCAUACCCACGACAUAGUGUCGCCCGUUAACCCAGAUACACUGGCUCAACUACUGCUAGGAUAUGACCCAGAUAAAACUAAGUUUUUAGUAAAUGACUUUACUAAUGGUUUUCAUAUUCACUUUGAAGGCGACACUUCUGGUAGAUCCUGCAACAAUCUCAAGUCUGCGAUCGAAAUGCCAGAUAUUAUCGACAAAAAAUUAAAAGCAGAAUUGGAUGCUGGUAGAAUUGCUGGCCCUUUCAAUGAUAAGCCUUUUAAAAAAUAAUCAUGCUAGUCCAUUAGAUGUUGUUCCUUAAAAAGAGCCUGGUAAAUUCCGUUUAAUUCAUCACCUGAGUCACCCAAAAGGGUUUUCGAUCAAUGAUGGGAUAGCAGACGCAAAUGCUUCAGUGCAUUAUUCAACAAUAACUGAUGCAAUCCCAUUUUUAAAAUCCUUACACGAACCAUAUAUGGCUAAAACAGACAUUGAAUCAGCAUUUCGAAUAGUUCCAAUUCACCCUAGUCAACGCUACCUGCUUGGUUUCAAGUGGAAAGACAAAUUUUAUUUUGACAAAUGUUUACGUAUGGGUUUAGCAGAAAGUUGCA